GUAUUCCUGGCUGCAAUUCUCUAGUUCCAAACGCUUCCAUUUUUAACUCACUCCUAAAAAACACAAACACUGCCAAAACAACCCAAUCACCAACACAUUCAUACUCUCGGCUAAUCUUGUGUAUCUGAUCACCAGCAACAGCAAAUGAAGGUGAUGAGCUAUGGCAUUCAGAACCAAAACUGCUAGGCUUCUUUCUUCCAUUACCCACAAGCCCACUCUCCAGAACGGCUCCUUUGAUGGGAAGCUCAGUUCUUUCAAGAAUCGACCCGACCCGGUUUCUGGGUUCGGGUCAUUCUCAUCUUCUGUGGAUAGCUCUGAGGUGAUGAAUUCUUCCAGGCUUGUGGGGUGGAAAGGCUAUGAAGAAUAUAGAAGAGCUUUGUAUGGUGGUAAUAUUACUCAUAAGGCUCUUCUUGUUGAUGCUGUUGGUACUCUUGUUAUUCCCUCCCAGCCCAUGGCCCAGAUAUAUAGACAGAUUGGUGAGAAGUAUGGGGUGGAGUACUCUGAAAAUGAGAUUCUAAAUAGAUACAGGAGAGCUUAUGAGCAGCCCUGGGGCAGAUCUCGCUUGAGAUAUGUUAAUGAUGGGAGACCAUUUUGGCAAUAUAUAGUCAGUUCGUCAACUGGCUGUUCUGAUUCUCAGUACUUUGAAGAGCUGUAUAACUACUAUACCACUGAUAAGGCAUGGCAUCUUUGUGAUCCAAAUGCGGAGAAAGUAUUUAAGGCCUUGAGAAAUGCUGGUGUGAAAAUUGCUGUUGUGUCGAACUUUGAUACAAGGUUACGACCUUUGUUGCGUGCUCUAAAUUGUGAUGACUGGUUUGAUGCUGUGGCAGUGUCAGCUGAAGUUGCAGCGGAAAAGCCAAACCCCACAAUUUUCCUUAAAGCUUGUGAGUUGCUGGAUGUGAAACCAGAGGAUGCUGUUCAUGUAGGAGAUGAUCGUAGAAAUGAUAUAUGGGGAGCGAGAGAUGCAGGUUGUGAUGCUUGGCUUUGGGGAAGCGAUGUCCAUUCCUUUAAGGAGGUUGCUCAAAGGAUUGGAGUUCAGGUCUAAUUAUUUGUAAACUUCAUCUCAACAACUUGAAGGAUACGCAGAGCUGCAUAAGCACUUUUCCCAAGGCAAUAAGUAGUUGUAAAUAUUCUGUUCCUUUUGUAAUCUGUAGAGAGAUGUGAGAUGAUAGGAUGCAACUAACAUUGAAUCAAAAUAAAGCUUAAUGAUGUUUUCAGUUAGACCUUUGGCUAUGUUAAGCUGUUUACAAACACGAUCUUCUGUGUUUUCUUGUUUGUAAUGUGGGAUUAUAUCAAGGUACUAAUCAUUACUUCA